AUGAAUUUACUUAACACAGUAGGAAGCAGGGAUUUCGGACAGGCAUGUGUUUUGGAAAUACAGCGUAGCAAUUGUGGUGCAAUAAAUAAUGUGGCUACUGGACGGAAACAUGACAGAGUUUAUGACAUGAACACAAAGCUUGCAUUGGUAUUGUGGAUUGUAAACUGUUAUGUCAUUUACUGCAAUCUGUUUCAGGUAAAUCAUAAACUGGGUUUUUCACCUGGGACUUUCACAUCGAAACUGGCCCUUCCCCGUGACCUUCAGCACAAAAAAAGAAAGGCUAUAGCUGUUGCUCGUGCAGCAAAACAGCGACGCAUAAGACUCAAAACUGGAACGCGUACUUCUCAUAUAAUUCAAAUAGCUGCAGUGCAUUCAACUGGUCAGUUUUCAACAUAUGUGAUGCCUGAAAAGAAGAUGUCCUUGAAAGCGUCAGAAAUAACUGGAGUGACAGUUGUUGGCGACUCUAUGCUUGUCAAGGGACAAACUGAGGUUACAAACGGACAAAUCAGAGUAACAAAAUCAGAGAAAAUAAUAUGUGCAAUAGUGAGUUAUUUGCUGCCUGACAUCUAA